UUAUCCGCAUGCCCUUUACUUUCUUGACUUAUUAGAAAAUCCAAGUUUUCGUGAAAAUCUAAAGAAUCUAGAAAAAACAAAACUCAUUUCUCACAAACAAUAUUACCACUGGUAUAAUUGGAGGAAUGUGUUUGGAACUGCAGGAGAAGGAAAUGCAGAAAAUAUGAUUCAAAAUAAUCCUGGCAAUGGAUAUCAAGAUGUGGAAAAUGGUUUGCAAUCGUCGGGACCUUCGGUUGGCGGAUUAAAUGGACGUGGAGCUUCAGAUUUGGAUAAUAUCUUUUAA